AUGGGCAUGAAAAGGAAGAUUAGUUUUGCUGAGAAAAAAUCCGGAAGAGAACACGUGGAAAUGGAUCUACUUAUCGAUUUUCAUAAGAGAUUAAAGUACGAAAAACGUUUCAAGAUAUUUAACAAAAAAUUAGGUUACCUCCUUUUCAAAGAAUUUUGCGAAGGCCUCUGUGAUGAGGAGCCUAUACCCCAGCUCAAGUUUUACGAAGAGAUCAAAAGGUAUGAAAAACUAGAGACAGUUGAAGAGAGGAGACAAGCUGCAAAAGAAAUAUACGACAAUUUUGUAAUGAGGGAACUGCUUUCUCAUACCCAUAAUUAUUCCAAAGAAGCUGUUAGUCAUGUACAGAAGUACUUAAUGAGAAAUGAAGUACCAGUUAACUUGUUUCAGCCAUACAUAGAAGAAGUUUUUAGGCAUUUAAGAGGAGACCUGUUUAGAAUGUUCAUUGAAAGUGAGAAAUACACACGGUUUUGUCAGUGGAAGAAUUUAGAGUUAAACAUUCAGUUGACAAUGAAUGACUUCAGUGUUCAUAGGAUCAUUGGCAGGGGAGGGUUUGGUGAAGUGUAUGGAUGUCGGAAAGCUGAUACUGGAAAAAUGUAUGCAAUGAAGUGCUUAGACAAAAAGAGGAUAAAGAUGAAGCAAGGAGAGACAUUAGCUUUGAAUGAAAGAAUCAUGUUGAGUCUAGUCAGUACAGGGGCUGCCUGCCCCUUCAUCGUCUGUAUGACCUAUGCUUUUCAAACUCCUGAUAAACUUUGCUUUAUUUUAGACCUAAUGAAUGGAGGUGAUUUACACUACCAUCUGUCCCAGCAUGGUGUUUUCACUGAACAAGAAAUGAGGUUCUAUGCUGCUGAAGUCAUAUUGGGCCUUGAGCAUAUGCACAGAAGAUAUGUGGUAUACAGGGACCUGAAGCCAGCAAACAUUCUUCUGGACGAGCAUGGACACUGCCGAAUAUCGGAUCUUGGAUUGGCGUGCGAUUUUUCCAAGAAAAAACCACAUGCAAGUGUGGGCACCCAUGGGUAUAUGGCCCCUGAAGUUCUGUCCAAAGGCACAGCAUAUGAUUGCAGUGCUGAUUGGUUCUCUCUUGGCUGUAUGCUGUACAAGCUGCUCAAAGGACACAGCCCAUUUCGUCAACAUAAAACAAAGGAUAAGCAUGAAAUUGACAGGAUGACACUCACAAUGAAUGUAGAACUUCCAGAUUCUUUUACUACUGAACUAAAGACACUCUUGGAAAGUUUGUUACAAAGAGACGUUGACAGAAGGCUGGGGUGUGGAGGAAAGGGAGCAGAUGAAGUGAAAGACCAUCCAUUCUUUCAAGGAAUUGACUGGCAGUUAGUUUAUCUUCAGAAAUACUCCCCAUCACUCAUCCCCCCAAGGGGUGAAGUAAAUGCUGCAGAUGCUUUUGAUAUUGGUUCAUUUGAUGAAGAAGACACAAGAGGCAUUAAACUCACUGAAGCAGAUCAAGAGUUAUACAAGAACUUUCCUGUGGUGAUCUCUGAAAGGUGGCAACAAGAAAUUUCAGAAACCGUUUUUGAUACUGUCAACAUAGAGUCUGACAAAGCAGAGCAUAAAAAGCGAGCUAAGAUGAAGAUGAAAUUUGAUGAUGAAAAAGAUUCAGACUGCAUUAUUCAUGGUUACAUCAAAAAACUUGGUGGACCCUUUGCUUCAGCAUGGCAGACCCGAUAUGGGAAGCUCUAUCCUAACAGGAUGGAGCUCCACACAGAAUCUGGAAGUGCUAAACCAGAGCUAAUCUUUAUGGACCAACUGGAGGAUGUUUGUUCAGAGUAUGUCAAUGUGAAAGGGGAGCAAUGCAUCAUCUUGAAGAUGAAAGGAGAACGAGAUGCAAGGAUAGUAUUAACCAAUCCAGAUGAGAUAGGACUCAAAGAAUGGCUCAUUUCCUUAAAGUCUACUCACAAGAAUUCUCUGGAACUGCUGGGAAAUAUGGCUAAAAAGGCAGGGAAGAUCUACGGCACUGAUGCCAAUAAUAGAAUCAAUCUUGUUACAAGAAACACCAAUGGUAAUUGAUUGCAAGGUCAGGGCUGCAAAGUUGAUAGAUUCCUAAACCACGACACAGGGGCUCAUGUCUUGAGGGUUGCAGUACCACAACAGCUUUCCAGUAGCAGCAGGUAGAAUGUGCAUGGUGACAGCUGACCCCCACCAAGUUGACAUUUGUGUUGGCUUAGUGUGCCCAUCUGGUCAUGCUCUGUGAAUCUAGAACUCGAUUAAAAACUCCAACCAGGAAGCUUUUGGUAAAGCAUUAUUCACCCCUUCCUUUGCCUAAUGUGUUCUAUGUAUAUGUAUAUCUGCUUAUGUGCAAUUCCUGGUGGAACAGGUGAUUAAACUGUAUUUUGAAAGGAAUAUUACUUAAAGUUACAAUACGAAAAAAAUCUUUAGUAAUGAUCAAGAAAUAUUACUGUUCAUGCAGGUGCACUGUCUCAUCUUUAUCAUUUUUCUUCUAAAUCUCUGUGGAAAUAAUUUUUUUGCCAAUAUGUAGUUAAACGUCUUGUCUUGGCAUGUUAUUGUGCUGUAAUGAUAAUUCCUUAAUACUUGUAACUAAAGAUGUUGCAAAGCUUAAGCUUGAUCAGCUGGACUGACCAUACAACAUAGAGUUCUUCUUCUCCAGAAAGUAAUAUUUAUAGUUAAUACUGUGUAUAGUUAACGUUAUUUAUUUCCAUGUCUUGAUUGAUUGAGAUGAUUAUGUAAUGCAUGUAUCUGUGACUUUGAAAGUUUCACUGCCAUUAAUGGCUGACAGCUUAUAACUACUGUAUAAUAUGUUAGAGAAAGUUUUUUUUUUUUUAUGUUCUGUACAGUAUUAUCCUAAUAAUGUAACAUGUGAGUUUGAAGUAAUUGGAUGCUGGAUGUAACCAAAUCUAAGGUUUGAUAUGUUGUGAUAAGCACCACCUAUAGUGUUUUUAUAGAUUGAUAAAUUUCAUCCUUGUUUCGGUCAAACUGAUUUUCUACAGUUCUGUGAGCUAGUUUUUGAAAAGUUUUUUUUCACAUAUGGAGGUAUUAAGUGAAAUCAUAAUUCUGUAUGUAUGGAAAGAAGAAACAUCACAUUAGUAAAGCUGUAAUUUUCUUCUUUAUCCAAGUGUUUUUAUUUACUUUAAAACUAGACUAUGAUAUUCAAAGUGAAAAUAGUGUAAAAUGGUCAAAUAGACAUCAGAUUGUGAAUUUAUUUUUUCACUGUAUUAAGUGUAUGAUCUGCGAUUUGAAAUUAAAACAUUAGAAAAUGUUUUAUCAGCUGAACUGAAGAUAUUGAUUUUUAAUUCAUUGUGUAUAAUUUGUACAUCAUGGUUGAGCUAUGAUAUUUUUGACAAAGGUCACAUUCAAGUAAUGUCAAACCCUCGUAUACAUAUAAAAUACCCUUCUCUUUUACUUUUUUUAUGAUGCUAGUGAAAUUCGGUUGUUUUUUUUUAUAGUUUCUGAGAUACUUCUCUAAUGAUUGUAUUACAACCUAAAGUAAUUAAAGUGAUACCAAAUCAAACUAACAGUUUAAGAAAAUAUUAAACGUUACCUCAGAUAUGCAGUCCCUCUCUGGUGGUUAUUGCAUAAAACUUCCAGUGAAAUGUUUAUAGCAAAGCAAGUUUAGGAAAAGAAGGUUUUUGUCUGUGUAUUGCUCUCAGAAUAUGUCAGGAAUUUUUUUUGUUAUUAGACAAACCACUGUUCGUGUGUGUGUGUGUGCAAGAAGUUGUUUUAAAAACAAGUAUUUUGCUUGGUGAUCUUUCAUUCCAAAAGCUGUCUAUACAAAUAGUAAAGUUUUACAUUUGAUUUUUUAGAUAGUCCCCAGUUAAGUGUUUCAUGUAUUACACUGUUCAAAGCUUGGUGAGUGUGAAUGAUGUGUUUCUAUGAGUUUUUUAAUCCUUUUCUUUCUCUCAGAGGUUGACACCUUAAGAUUCAGGCAGUAUUUUUAUAAUAACGGUUUUUGUUUGUUUUUUAGGUUUGUAUAAAUUGAAAUUGAAACAAAGAUAAGACAUGCAAGCUGUAGCAGUAUGUCUAUGUUGUCAUCUUUUUUUUUUGUAUUGUCACACCUAUGUUAAAUGUUUACAAAACAACUGCAUGGAAAGUUAAGUUACCCAAGCCCCUGUUAGUACCCUCCUAGUAAAAUAUUGGGAAUAAAUGACUUUUGGACAAACCUAACAAUUUAGCACUGAACUAAUAAUGUUCCAGUUUUUUUAGCUUUGAAAUGCCCUAGUGUUUCUCAUUCAAGCAAAAUGUAGUAGAACUUAUGGCCUGGGUUCUGAGGAUGCAUAUUUUAUUUUAUUAUUCAUGGUAUAGGGAUGAAGGCAACCUGAGAUAAAGAAAGUACCUUUUCAAAUUCUGUCAGAAUGAUUUCUUGUACAUCUUAAAAGUAAUUUAUUAGUAAAGAUGACAAGAGUGAAAAAAAAAGCAUAAUGUUAACUCUGCUGUAAAAUCAACUUUAAUGAUAGUCAUUGGUCAAGAAGUUUAAACUUUAUUUUCACAAGAGAGAGAAGUCAUUUUGUUGCCAUAAUGUUUCUCCUUAGGGAAGAUGUGCACACAUUUUGGAAAGUUUGCUAAAAUUAACGUCCAUGACAGAGUAAAAUAUAUAAAUUAACGUCCAUGACAGAGUCAAAUAUAUAAAUUAACGUCCAUGACAGAAUCAAAUAUAUAUAGCUUUCUGGUAAUGGGAAACUUGUGCAAUUUCAGUAUGUGAAAGUAUUAAGUUUCGGGAUUAAAUUAACAAAGAUUCCUUAAAGAAGUAUUUAAAUAUAAACAGACAAUUCUUUUGUAUAAGAAGUAAAACUGUAAUUUUAACUUCGUCUUGUUUAUUUAUCAUUAUUAGAACGUAGCAGUUCAAGUAACUUUUUAAAAUUCAUUUUUUGUUUUGCUGUUGUUAGAGAAAGGUUCAAAAUUACAGUUUUCCUUUUGUUGUAAACUAAACCCAUGGAGAGUGUAAGGCUACACAUGUAAAUAUAUACAUGUAGAAUGUCUAGUGAUGUUUUUUAUAGUGUCAUAUGGAAUUUCAUUUUAUUCUUAACAUAGAAAAUACCCAGUCUCAAACUUUUCACUUUACUAUUUACACCAGCACUGGUGUAUAGACAUAAAAAGGUUCUGCUGUGUUGAGCUUCGGUAAUGUCCCGUCCCAUUUGCUUCUGUGUAUGCAACAUCUUUGUAAGAUUCCAUGCUAAUUCAUAUAUCUAAGUGCAAUUGUGCACAGGAGCAAAGUAGCUGAAACACAGUAUAUCAUAGCAUUGAAUGUUGCAUAGUUUCUUGCUUUGUAUGAAAAAAUGUUAGUGAAAACAAGUCUCAGAAGAGACGUAGUAUGUGUGUUCAUAGUUUCUGUACUUAAAAGUUCAUAUGCUAUUACGUGAGAUAUGAUUAAUUUAAGAAAUCUUUUAUGUCUUUUGCAUCAGCUGUAUUAAAAUAAAAUACCACUUUUGAUUA